AAAAUUCCUCACAUGUAUUUCUUUCGUUUAUGCUUCAUUCAAAGUUCAUUUCAGAUUAAAAUAAUUAAAUUAAAGAGUAGAAUCUAGGCAAUCGCAAUUGUUCUACCAUUAGGGUUUGCUCAAAAAUUCCCUCAAAAUCAACCGAUCACCGUCCGAUCAUCAAUUACCUCCACAGCCCGAUUCGUUUAGUCCCUCCGAUCAAUCAUUCAAUGUUGUUGAUUUCAAAUUCUGACCUACUUUAGAAAAGUUACUGUCUUUGUCGAUCAUAGAAGCUAUUUGGUUUCAAUACUGAUCAGGGGAUUAGUUUAAGUAGACAUACGUUUUAUACUUUUAGGGGUUUCUUGGAUUUGGUGGUUUGUAAAUAAUAAUCGUUACUAUUAUGAUUAUUGAGGAACUGAAGAAGGGCGGCGGCGGCGGUGAGGUGGAGAGAGUGGAGGAGGAGAAACUGUGUGUGUCAAUUGUGGAUAAUAGUAAUCGGAGUGAUGAUGAUGAGGUUGUUGUUGUUGUGUGGGAUGUGAAGAGGGUUUUGGUUGGAGCAGGAGCAAGGGCUUUGUUUUACCCUACUUUGUUUUAUAAUGUUGUCAGGAAUAAAAUGCAGGUUGAGUUUCGUUGGUGGGAUAGGGUUGAUCAGUUUAUUUUGUUAGGCGCAGUUCCAUUUCCUACAGAUGUUCCACGCCUAAAGGAACAUGGUGUUAUUGGAGUUAUCACAUUAAACGAGCCAUAUGAGACCUUGGUUCCAACGUCUCUUUAUCAGGCUCAUGGUAUUGACCAUUUGGUCAUUCCUACAAGGGAUUACUGCUUUGCACCUUCUCUGAGGGAUAUAUGCCUAGCUGUGGAUUUCAUUCAUGAGAAUGCGUUGCAAGGAGGGACUACAUAUGUUCAUUGUAAGGCGGGUCGGGGCCGCAGCACCACUGUUGUAAUUUGCUACCUGGUGCAACACAGGCAGAUGACGCCAGAUGCUGCAUAUGAUUAUGUAAAAUCAAUCAGGCCAAGAGUGCUUCUAGCAUCUGCUCAGUGGCAGGCUGUUCAGGAAUACUAUAAUCUAAAGGUGAAAAGCUGUGAGCACAUCAACAGAAGUGAUCUCAUCCUCCAAACCCCAAAGCCAACACCUUUGCAAGAUAUUAUGGCUUUUGAUGAUGGUUCUGUAGUAGUUGUUACUGAGUCGGAUCUUCAGGGGUAUGACCCAAAUCUUGAAAUGGGUACCAUGGGAGGAGAAGUAUGGGCUGAUUUAAGCUUGGUCUAUCGUGUUGGAGCUGCCGGUCAGGCAGCUCUUGCAAGAAUCUCUUGCCAGUGGUUUCGCUGCCAAACUAACCAGAAGAUUUUGGGAAAGCAAAUGACUAUGGAGAAGAGUUGCUCGAUCACCGCUGGUCAUUUGAGAAGUAUCAGUGUGGAUAUCCAUGUCUACUGAGGAGCUGCAGAAAUUGCAUGUAAAGUUUUAUUUUCUUUAAAGUUUGCAGGUCGGUAUGUAAGUCAUGAAUAAUGGUCGAGCAGGCCAUACUUGGUUUCCAAAGCGCUUUGUAAAUUGAGUUGUCUGCCUUUAAGCAAGUGUAAGUGUAAGUAAAACGACCAUGAUUGUCCAGUUAAUGAAUGUGGCAGUUCAUACAAAA